AUGGCCAUAAAGCUUUCACCAAAUGGUACUUUAGAUAGUUACUACAAUGCUUCUAGGCUUCUAUUUCACGUUUACAAUCAAUAUUUUAAAACUGACGGUGUUAGUGUAUAUGAUUUAACUAACGUGGAAGAUGCCAUAAGUGGUGGCGAAGAUUCAGUAUUACAGAAUUUAUCAGAAAUAGUGAGUGCUCAUGAGAAGGCAAUUGAUGUGGCACAAUCUUUGAAUAUUCGAAUCCCUUUAGAUUUAUUAUUUAAUACUGCAUUAGUAUAUACCGAGGUAAUCGAAAUCCAGCAAGACAAUGAAAGCGAUAAUUUCGAUACAGUCUUGGAAUAUGGUUACAAGACACAAGGUAUAUUUCAGAAUCUUAUUGAAUUACAAACAGCCGAACUCCAAAAGUUCCUCAAUGACCUAAAUGAAAUAGCAAGUGAUGCAUCAAGUACGAAUAAUAACAACACACCUUCAGGCAGCGAAAAGCCUCCUCAAGAAGAAGAAUUUACAAGCGAAGAAGUUCUUCAACCGUCUGACGUAUUUGAAACAAUAAUAUCAGCAUAUAGACUAGCACAGGCGGUGCUCGAGAACGUAAGUGACCCAAAUUCACAAAUAAUGCCAUCUUUGGAUAUGGUUAACCCAUUUUUAUCAACUUGUGAGGCUGUUGCAGACGACUUAGUUCUCAAUUUUGGGGAGAGAAAUAAUGCAAAGAGCGACAUGAUUUCAUCAAUCACUCAAGAUAAUAUUGAUGACUAUCAGAUAUGUAAAGCAUAUAUUAAGGGGUUAGCAAUUAAUGAUGCCAGCAAGUUGUAUGACUUAUGGAAUAAUAGUGAAUUACCUCAUACCCCAGAAAGAUACAUGCUGGCGGCUGAUAAUAUACAAACUAUGAUAGACAGGAAUGACAUUAAUUUAAAUAGUGCUAAUUCAAACCAGAAAAUUGCUGAAUUCUAUUGGAAAGCACUCACGCAAAUGGGUAAUUACUACAAACAAUCUCAGGAAUUAUUGAAUACACAAUUGACCGAAAAGAAGAAAAGACCUUCCGGAACAGACGAUGGAAUUGGGUCGAUUAUUUCGCAAAUCAGCAAUAUUAUCAUCGCCAGGUCUGAUAUUGAUCUUCAGAGGUCCCAAUUACAGAAUUAUGAACCAGCUUCUAAACAUAAAGAUGUCUUAUUCCAAAAUUGCAAGACAUUCUUGAAGAAUGCCAUGAAUAUUGCCAACACUACCGGGGGAUUGAGAGAACGUAUAACCGAAAAGCUUCAGAGAGAAAAGAGAAAAUCCGAAGCAGUGAUGAGACUCUGCAUUCUCGAAAAUAAGUCAUCUCUACAAGAAUUGGAUUCAAUUUUAGGUAGACAGAAAUGGACGACUGAAUUGCCUAAUUUAAGCAAACUUGGGUAUUUUGAAGCAUUUGGUAUUUCUAAUAUAGUAUUACCAACAGAAUUUUAA